AUGAGCACUUUCUUAUACGAGUCCUCUGACAUUGCUUUAUUUCUGGGCCAUUCAGGGGGUUUUUACUGUUCACUUUAUGACCUAAUUACAGGUUUGCUGCCAGUGUAUUUUGGAAGCCUAGCUUUUUGCUACAUCUUGGUGUUCACCUGCAUGCUGCUCCUUCAAUGGCGAAAACAAAUCCUUCAGAAGCGCCGCGCAAAAGUCUGGAUGAAACAGUUGAAAGCAGAGUCUUAUUUUCAACAGGCCUUGGCUCACAGGGCUGAUGAAGAAGCCCAGCCUAGAACAAAUGCAGCCAUCUGCAAUCCUGAUAACAUCCCAGAGCCACAAAGCAUUUUCUUACCCAGUGAGAAUAUUGUGGAGACCGAUGACAGUUCUACCCCUCCACUUCCAGAUUCAGUUCCAUACAAACCGGUAUUUCAAGAAGUUGCAUGUGCUUGUGCACUCUCUCACUUGCCGCCACUGCUUGCGCACUCAGCUUCUUACCCUUGCUCUACCAUUCCAACAGAAAGUUCACCAUUCAGCUUACCUCUAAAACCAACCAUCUUGAAAAAUGAUCCAUACAGUAUAGGUAGCAGGAUCUCUGCUUAGCAGUCAAUGUCAUGGAUGGGAAUAUUCUUAACUGGUUUCAAUUAGAACUCAAUUAAAGAUCAGUUUCAAACUAUUUCUGUUUUCAUUCAAGCACUAUUUUAAUACUGGGAAGACAAUUUGCCUUUGACAACUAGUGUAGAAAGAAAUCACUUUAGAAAUUACAUUGUGUUCACAAUCCUUAUAUACAGUAUCAUGAAACCGAAGUGUGUGUUUCUUUCCACGAUUUCUAAAAUCCCAAUUGCCCAAAGAGCUAAAUAUUACAUGGCCAUACUUCUAUUUUUAACCUUAGUAAUAAAUUACAUUUUAAUAUAUAUGAGCAAUAUCCACAUAUAUCAAAA